AUGAUUUCCCCGGACGCGGCCCGCAACAUCGUCGGUAAUGUCAUCUCCUUCGGCCUCUUCCUCUCCCCUGUGCCGGCGUUCUGGCGGAUCAUCAAGAACAAGGACGUGGAGGAGUUCAAGUCGGACCCGUACCUGGAGACGCUGCUCAACUGCAUGCUCUGGGUGUUCUACGGCAUCCUCUGCGUCAUAUUCGGCUCGGCAAUGUACGCCUCCCCGCUCACCAUCAUGGGUAAAGUGAUCAAGACCAAGAGCGUCGAGUACAUGCCCUUCUUCCUGUCGCUGGUGAGCUUCCUCAACGGCGUCUGCUGGACGGCCUACGCUCUCAUCAAAUUCGACCUCUACGUCACGAUCCCCAAUGGCCUAGGUGCGCUGUUCGGCCUCGUCCUCGCCUGCUACUACAGGCCGACCCCCAAGAAGGAGAAGAGCGUAAAGCUCAAAUAUAAUUGA